UGCAAUAAAACGCAAGUCCCCAAAACAAAGGAACACAACAACGUCGUAUACCAACGAACCAAAAUAUAUCUUGAGAUUUCAUCAGCUCAGCAGCAGGCUUCAGAGUGAUGUCCAAUAAAACGAAAUUUAUUAUCAACACUUCGGUUGAUUACUUUGAUGCAAUAUCCGGUCAUGAGGACCACCAGCCCAUUGUUGAAUUCCUGGAAACCGAUGAAAUCACAGUGCUUGCCGCAACCACCACCGAUGGCAAACUCAAGUUUCACCACCAAAUUCCAAACGAUGAUGUCUGUUUGUUGUUCUAUAAGAUCCCCAAAGUUGGUUCCCCAUCAUCCUUGUCGUCGUCGUCGUCGACAUUAUUAUCUUCGUCGUCGUCGGGAGGAGGAGGUAGAAUUGGAGGUGGAGCUGGAUCUGGUGCUGGGGCAGCACUAAAUAGAACUCCCGAAUUGAUGGAUAACCAAAGCUUGGGAAUGCUCACCCUUGAGGGUGGCAUGGUAAAAUCGAUUUACAAUUCAAUGUCCAGAGUAUUUUCGCCGCAUGCCGUUGUUAAGAAGGCUGAGUAUAGUCCGGAGUUGAGUGGCCUACUUGAGAGUUUGCAUGUUUCGUUGGGUUCUACCUUGGGAUUACCACAAUCAGGUAUAGCCUCAAUAACUGAUGAGAUUAAAUAUUGGAAGCAGAAAUUGGACAGCUCUAAGUCGAGAGUCGAUAGAGAAAUGUCACAGGUUUUUAUUGCAGCACUUGAUAAUAUUGACAAACAAAUAAGGAAAAUCGACCCUGGAGCAAUGGGAACUGUUGAAGAAUUUCUAGAUGCAGCCCAUAACAGUAUUGAUGAGCUUUGGCGGUUACCCUAUCGAUUUCCUCAAGUUCGAAUGGCUGACUUAUUGGAUAUUUUAGGAAACUUAAUUCUCGAGAUAUGCACUGAAAACCUAUCAACUGAAGACAUUUGGAACUUAAGCUCUUAUCAUGUAACUAACUCGAUGAGUCAGUGUCAUGAUAUUGUUGAUUCGUGGAUUCAACUUUGUGACUCUUUGACGCGACUCUUUUGGCCAAACUACGUUCAACAUGUCUGGACUGGGGAGCCCCAUAUUCCGAAACGUGGACAACUGUUUAAGGAACGUCUUGCUGAGAUUAAAAGCAUUAAGAAUCUCUUCAAGCAGAUAGUAAUUCUGUUAGAUGACGAUGAUAUAAUUAAUUUAUUCACAGGAAAUUCAAUAUUCAAAGAAAUCAACGUUUUUGACACAACCGAAAAGGGUAGAACCAAUUGGAAUAAGGCUUUGAAUCAAUUCGAACAAAUUCUUCAGCCUAUCGAUGAGAAAAUUGCAUUCGCCUUAAAAGCACAACUUCAUAAUUAUCUUAGCAAUGCAAGACAAAUAAUAUUCAUAUUUUCAAAAUAUGAAACACUCAUUCAGAGGCCAGCAGUUUUGGAAUUGCUCACAAUUGAACGGGAACAAUUUGUGCAGUCGUUGCAGAUUCUUUUGCAGGAUUUAAGAAAAGCAAUGAAUGACACUAAUAUGGAACCCGAUACUGGGCAUAUGUCGGUUAUUUGUAACGAAUGCCGAUGGCUUAAAGUUGUGCAGUAUCAGAUCACUGAAAUAGAAAGAGUAAGUCAUCUUAUAAGUGGAAGAGAGGGAUAUGAUCAGAUAAAUAAAGUCGUUCAAGAAAUCAAAGAAGAAACGGAGUCACUUUUACGAACUAAUUUUGAGAUUUGGUGUGGGCAGUGUAUGACAGCUGUUAAAAGUGGUGAAUUAAGACUCCGAGAUGAUCAACCAGUGGUAAAAUUUGAAAAAGAAGGCCGUCAAUUGAUGCGUGUAACCUUCAAUCCCAAGCUUGUAACGUUUUGUCAGGAUGUUAGGGAAUUUGAAAAUCUCGGCUAUACCGUUCCCAUUGAACUUAAAUCUUCAGCAACACAUGCUGCUAAGUUCAUGUGUUAUGCGCGUCGUCUCCAACAAAUAGCAACAUUUCAUAACACUAUUGGUGAUCGAAUGAUACCAUGUCAACGUCCAAUUAUGUUAAAAAAUGCCAUGGAACUUUCUAGAUUAGUUCAAGCAGAACCUGCAGCGUGGAACGAUGAAGAAUCUGUUCAAAGCUAUGUGUCAGUUCUACAAACAGCUGUUUCAAAGCUAUCGGCUGAUAAUAAUCUUCUAGUUGGUUAUCAUGAGCAAGCUAAGAGAACGAUCGUGAAGCUUAUGAACACAGACCUUUUUACCCAAGGUCAGGUGUGGAAAGAUGAGAUGCGUCACUUGCGGGAAUUAGUUGCCAGUUUGGAACGUCAAAACUACACAAAUUUGGAUGCAUUCAAGUUACAUUGGGACCAUCAGCUGUACAAGGUUCUAGAGUACCAAUACCUUGUUGGUAUAACUGACAUGAAUAAUAAACUACCAGACAUUCAUAUCGACAUAAUGUUUCGCCAACGACAACUUGUCUUUCGGCCAACCGAAGAAGAGAUUCGAGAAAAGUAUUUCACUCAACUUCGUCGAUUUCUCGAACGUCCAUGUGGAUUUCGUGGGCUUUCUGAGAAAUCUACCGAUCUCUUUAAGAAUAUGGUUGAAAUUAAUAGAAAUCAAUUUGGACCCCUUUUCAAGAAUGCUGAAGAUCUCUUUGCAAAGCUAGCGAAAUUCAAGAUGAUAUGGAAACCUUGGAUUGCUCUUGGUUGCGUUGAUAUCGAAGAGCUAUGCAGUAUUCAUUUGAAUAGCUGGGAUGAUUGGGAUAGAAAUUUCAAGGCAUGUAAGCAUUUUAGUCAAAAAGUUGCUAAACUUCAAAAUUCCGAGGAACAGAUUGAUUGUUUCGUGAUAAAUAUUUUGCCACUCCGUUCUGACAUCGAAUUCAUAAGUCGGCGGUAUUGGGAGGUUUUAUCCAACAGCUUAAGAACAUCAAUUUUAAACGAUGUUAAUAUGAUUCAAGAAUUCCUCCAAGGUUCUAUGCAGUUUCUACAAAAUGUUCCUAUGGAUGAAGCAACGAUCACAGAAUCGGGCAUGAAAUAUGAGAAGAUGACUUCGGAGCUGCCAAAAAUUAACACAACAAUAGAAGUGGUAAAAGGCAAAGACACCUGCCUCGCAGGUUGGUGCAAGGAACGUGUCUCUGCCUUAGCGAGUAUUCUUCAGCAGUGGGAGAAAUUGCAACCUCUCAUUGAAAACCACGCUGUAAUCCUUCAAAGACAGGUAGACAUCAUAAAGGAUCAGGCUAACUCCCAAAUCCAAAAUCUGCACAGUGAAGCUGAGAAGUUUAUUCUUCGUUGGGAAUCUACAGUUGCUGAGCUAGAAGCAAAUAAAGAAGCAAAUUUGGAUCUUUUCAAAGAACGCUAUGACUACUGGAGUAGCAUUAAAGAUAAAAAGAAUCAACUUAUUGCUGAAUGUUCUAAAUUUAAUAUGGAAUUUCCUGAAGAAAUUCUUCAACCAUUUGAGAAGAUCGAUGAAAAAGUUCAAGCACAAUCGAAUCAGUGGAAGGUUUUUGAUGAUUUCUCUACAGAACUUGAUACACUCAAAGAAGAGGAAUGGGCAAUUUAUCGAAGAAGACCAUAUGCUUUGACAGAAUUCCUAACCAAAUGGGAAAGUUCAAUCCAUUCUUCGAUUGAUUUGCCAUCAACGAGAAUUCGACAAAUGGUAGAACGUCUUCAAACAGUUGUGCCAGUUCUACAAAUUCUUCAAUCAGAUGCCUUGAGUGAGAGACAUUGGGCUAAAAUUUGUAUGCUCCUCAACAAGGAACCAAAACCAAUGCAGAAUAUAAUUUUGAAAGACGUUCUCGAGAAUACUAAUGCCUUGGUGGCUUCUUCAAAUGAAAUCGGGAACAUAGCUAAACAAGCAUCAGCAGAACAAGUAGUUCGUCAAGCUUUAAAUGAACUUGAUCAAUGGGCUGUAACGGCUACACUCAAAUUAACAACACACAAUGAUUCUUCAGGGAAUAGUGUUUCAUUAAUAAAGGAUUAUCAAGAGAUUUUAAACAAAAUCGGAGACAAUCAGUCUUUGCUUCAAUCAGCUAAAAAUUCAAGUGCUUUUGAUGCGUUCUCAGAUCAAGCUGAAUUGUGGGAAAGUCGACUUAAUUCUUUGGACAAUUUGCUGACGGGAUUAAAUAAAUCUCAAAGGAGAUGGGUCUAUCUUGAACCAGUUUUCGGUGCCGGGACACUAAAAAACGAAGAAGCUCUCUUCAAACGUAUCGACAAAGACUUUCGUUAUGUAAUGCGUGAAAUUCAAUCCGAUUCCAGGGUUAUCUCGAUCAUAAAAAUCAAUAAUAUCACAACUAUUGUGAAUUCUUUAGAGAAUCAAUUGUCUCGAUGUCAGAACAAUCUAACGUCCUAUAUCAUGGACAAAAGAAAUUCCUUUCCAAGAUUUUAUUUUCUUGGCGACGAUGACUUAUUGGAAAUUCUUGGCCAAGCAUCAAAAGAGGAAAUCAUUCAAAAGCAUAUCAGGAAGCUUUUUCCCGGAUGCCAUAGUCUAAAUGUAGCCACAAUGAACGAUGUGAAUACCAUUAAAGCUGUGCACAGCGCUGAGGGGGAUAUUUUGACUUUGGGACAAUCGGUGCAGAUGAAAGGUCCUAUCGAGAACUGGCUGAAUUUGCUUGUGACAUCAAUUCAGGACACUCUCAAGGAGCAAAUAGUUCAGUGUUAUGCAAAAGUGAAUACUUUCAACGACCAAAUUAUCGCAACGUAUCCCGUUCAGGUGUUGAGCAUUGCCAAAGCGGUUAACUUUACAGCUCAAGCGGAAAGAGCGAUUGGCUCGAUGUCUUUGCAAAAGUUACUCCAAUCGUUGAAUGAGGAAAUUGCCAAAUUUGCAAAGAUGAAAAAUCUAAGUCGCACUGAUUCUAAUUCUGAUUCACUGAUGCGAACGAAGCUAAGAGCUCUAUUGUUCGAUUUGGUGCAUUAUGUAACAAUUGUUGAAGAAUUAUUACACAACAAUGUUACCAAUGUGACAGAUUGGCAUUGGUUGCAACAGAUGAAGUUUUAUUUGGAUUCGAAGACGGGCAUUGUAAUGAUUAAGAUGGUUUAUGCUGAAUUUGAAUAUUCGUAUGAGUUUUUGGGAAAUCCAAAUCAAUUGGUUAGUACGAGUUUGACACAUAAGUGUUAUUUGAUAUUGACUCAGGCUAUGCAUAUGGGACUUGGUGGUAAUCCCUUUGGACCGGCUGGAACGGGGAAGACUGAGUGUGUUAAAGCGUUGGGUGCUAAGAUGGGACGAUUAGUGUUAGUCUUCAAUUGUGAUGAGAACAUCGAUUCCGAAGCAAUGGGCCUUAUUCUUACUGGCUUGGCUCGUUGUGGAGCUUGGGGCUGUUUUGAUGAGUUCAAUCGACUUCAAGAAGCCACCCUUUCUGCAAUUUCCAUGUUAAUUCAACCCAUUCAAAUAGCCUUGAAGGAAAAAUCCGAACAAGUUCAAAUUGCAGAAAAAACAGUAAAUAUCAAUCACCAUUGUGGAAUAUUUGUCACUCUCAAUCCCGCUGGGGAGGAGUACGGUGGUCGUCAAAAGCUUCCCGGUAACAUACAAGCCCUAUUCAGACCUAUUGUAAUGCAACAACCCGAACCCAAAGAGAUUUCACGCGUCAUGCUAUUUGUUGAGGGAUUUAAAACAGCACACGAAAUCGGCGAUCGAAUAGUGGAACUUUUUGACUUGUGCAAGAAGAUGCUAUCGACACAACGUCACUACGAUUGGGGCCUUCGUGAACUUAAAACUAUCCUUCUUGCUUGCGGUAGUGAGCUCUCUAAAAACAACACACCAUCAUCCACACCCAACGACGCCGCCGCCGCCGUCAGUGAUGGAAGCAACAACGAAAUGGAAAUUGUCGUACAAUGCUUACGAGCCAACACCAUGUCAAAGCUUACUCAACCCGACACCAAACUAUUCGAUAUGUUAUUGCAAAAUGUAUUUCCCGAAAUUGAAAUCAGCACUCAGCGGGGCUCAACGCUAAUGCAAUGCAUUGCCGAGUCCUUUGCCACUCUCGGUAUGUGUCCCAAUGACAGGCAAAUUGAAAAGGCUCUUCAGCUCCACGAACAGCUUGUCAAACGAAUGGGUGUUGUCGUGGUUGGCCCGCCCGGCUCGGGAAAGACGUCCAUCAUCAAUGUGUUGCGACAGGCUUUAGUUGCAAAUGGACGAACAAUCCGGACACAUACUAUUAGUCCAAAAUCUAUGAGUCGAGUGCAGUUAUUGGGCAAACUUGAUGCUGACACAAGACAAUGGACCGAUGGUGUUCUCACCACAACGGCUGUGGCUGUAAAUUCGGAGCCAUCAGCCAACAUACAGUCGUGGAUAAUAUGCGAUGGCAGUAUUGAUCCAGAGUGGAUUGAGGCAUUGAAUUCAGUGUUGGAUGACAACAAACUAUUAACACUUCCAUCGGGUUGGCGUAUACAAUUUGGGAAUAAUGUCAACUUUAUUUUUGAGACACAUGAGGUAACACAUGCCUCUCCAGCUACCAUUUCAAGAAUGGGAAUUGUCAAUUUAAGUUCCGAUGACCUACCAAAGGAAAUUAUUUUAGAUGCUCACUUGGCCAAAGAAGAAUACGGAGAUCUCAUGCGGUCUUAUUGUCAAGACUAUUUCGAGCCAGCUGUUGAAUGGGUGGAGAAAGAAUAUCUGCACUCUCUACCAUCUCUAGCUAGAAUCUCUCUUACUUGGUCUCUCCUGACCAACAUGACCCAAAUCCAGAGCAAGGAAGAGUUUUGUAUUUGUCUACUUCGAAGUAUCAGUGGAUUUUUACCAGUUGAAAAACACAAUGAUUUUGCCAAUUAUAUCUUCGAACUAUCCAACGUUUACAUCUCGAACCCUUCUAAGGCCGAUUUGACUUAUUACAAUCCUGAACGUGAUGCUAUUGAGGUCUUUGAAUCUGAUUUUGCAUUUGACAGCUCUCAGGCUCAGCUCAUUCGAACCGAUCGAGUGAAGUCUUAUUUAGAGGUUCUGAGGGUGUUUUUGGAAGCACCAUGCUCGAAGUCGUUCCUUAUUGCUGGACCAUCAGGAUGUGGGAAGACCUUACUCAUUCAAGAAGCAAUAAGUGAACAUUCUGGCUAUGAGUUGAACGUCAUAAACUGCAGUAAACAACUGACGCCAGCCUAUAUUCUUCACACUCUUAAACAAAGUUGCGUUACAGUGACAGGUUUGAAGGGCCGAGAAUAUAAGCCCCGACAAGUUCGAGUUGUAUUGUUUUUUAAGAAUUUGGACCUCUGCCAUAUUGAUGCAUGGGGAACAAGUGAAAUUGUUGAACUGAUCUUACAACUUGUCCAACGAAAUGGAUUCUAUGCCGAUAAUUUGGAAUGGAUAAACAUUUCUGGCAUCCAGAUAUGUGGAUCGAUUUCGGAUUCAAAUUCCCGGCUGAAACGCAUAUCACCAAGAUUUCUAACGAUCAAUCAUUUUUUGAGAGUUAGUUAUCCUUCGCCAAGUGAUAUGGAAUCAAUUGUACAAAAUCGAUUGGAACCGAUUUUGAUGAGAUUUAAAAAUCCACCGAAUACAUUAGAUGUUGUGAGAAGUGUCUUGGAUUUUUUCACACAGAUUCAAGAAUCAUUUAAUUUGGUUCAAGGAUUGGCUCAUUAUCAAUUUACACCAAAGAUAAUUAUGAACUUUAUUUUGGGAUUGAGUCAUUAUCCAGUGGAUUCGUGUAAUGAGGCUCUGAUCUGUGAACUGGUUUCGAUAUUCAAAGAUCGUCUUGCAACCGAAGAAGAUAUCGAAAAAUUCGAUGACAUCCUAAGAGAUACUAUGAGAAAGUUCUAUGGAAAAGAGAAAAUCUUUUUCAUUCCGAAAUCACCUAAAGAUGCAUCUUUAAUAGCACUAGCUCACGAUGAAUGGAUGGAUGAAGUUCAGAGGCUGAUAGCUAUUUGCAGUUCCGAAACAUUCAUAAUUGAUGAACCAAUUACUAAAGAACUCUUGGAUCAGUCGGCAAAAAUUGCCCGAGUAAUUUCACGACCGAAUUCCCACCUGAUGAUUAUAGCACAGCCUAGUGGCAGGCACUUGGAUGCAAUGAAUAUCGCUUCGACACAAUUACAAGCUAAGAUUUAUCUUCCCCAAGGUGUCAAGGAUUAUAACAUUCAGGAUUUUUAUAAUGAUCUGAAAUUGGCAAUGCAAACAGCAGCUCUAGAAGACCAAUGUACCUGUUUGCUGAUUGACCACUGCUGGAUAACUUAUUUGCCAGAUAUAAUGAAACCAAUUGAAGCGAUUCUUGAAGGAAGUGAAAUUCUGGACUUGUUUGGAGAUGACUUGGAUUCGAUUGCCAGUUCAUUGAAACAUUCUGCCCAACUUGAGGGCUACCAGGACUCAAUGGGCUCCUAUUUCAUUGAACGUACCAAGAGAAAUCUUCACCUGGUCCUUGUCCUGGAUCCAACAAGUGACAAGACAAACGAAUAUUUCGACAUCUACCCGGCUCUCUAUAGAAACAUGGAUUUCCUUUAUGUUCGAGACAUGUCAUCAGAAACUGCGGCAAUGCUGCCGAAGAAGUUCAUUGAAACUCUUAGCGAGGGAAAGGACAAUAGAGCCCCAGUAUCUUCGUACUUUUCACACGUUUUGAAUGGAGUCACUCAACAACAAUCACCAAAGCGUUACUAUCAAUUGAUUCGAUCGUAUUUUUAUAUUUGUUGUCAUUUCUCUCAGGAUAUUGACAAACGCUUGGGGAAACUCCAGAUGGGUGUUGAUAAACUGGCUUCAGCUCACAAAGUAGUGGCAACUCUCAAAUCGAACGCUGUCGUUCAGGAGGAAGCAUUAGCCGAGAAACGAAAACUGGCGAAUGACGCUUUAGAGAUGAUUUCAGCCACAAUGCGCAACGCCAACGAGCAAAAGUCGAGUAUGUUGGAACUCAAGAAGCAGGCUCAAGUGAACAGUGAAAAGCUUAAGGAACGUCAGAAAGCAAUUCAAAUCGAACUGAGUGAAGUUGAACCGAUUCUCAAGGAAGCAAGUGCUGCAGUGGGUCAGAUCAAGUCUGAAGCUCUGUCAGAAAUCCGAUCGUUGCGUGCUCCACCCGAGGCGAUUAGGGACAUUCUCGAGGGUGUUCUGCGGCUGAUGGGCAUAAGAGAUACAUCUUGGAAUAGUAUGAAGACAUUUUUAGCAAAACGAGGAGUCAAGGAGGAUAUUCGUUCACUCGAUCCUGGCCGCAUUAAUCCGGAGAAUUGUGAAGCAGUUGAAAAAUUACUCGCGUCCAAAGCUGAUUCGUUUGAGUUGCGUAAUGCCAAACGUGCCUCUGCUGCAGCUGCUCCCCUGGCUACAUGGGUCAAAGCCAGUGUAAGAUAUUCCAAAGUGAUACAGAGCAUAAGACCAUUGGAACGGGAACAGAAUGAGCUACAGCGAAAUCUUGACGUCGCCGACGAUGAGAUGAAAUCCCUCAUGACCGGAUUGGAUGACGUUGAUGCACGAGUCAAGGAACUGUCUGGUCGUUUGAACGCCUACACCCAGGAAGCAGCUGUGCUGGAGCUAAAACUAGAAGAAGCACGAACCACACUCAAUUCAGCAGAAGUCCUCGUUGACAAAUUGAGUUCAGAGUUUCAAACUUGGAGCGUCCAGCUGGAUGACUUCAAGCAGGCUUAUAAGACCCUUGACACAAAAUCACUGCUCUUGUCUUUUGCCAUUAACUAUUGCUCCCAUUUAAGCUACGAGAAGAGAUUAUCCGUGAUUGAGUACCUUACGACGGACAUGCACAUCCCUCAAUUCAGCAUUACGAAGAAUCUCCUGUCGGAUCAGGAACAAAUCAUCUGGGAGAGCAUGGGUCUGGAUCGAGAUGCUCAAGUCAUUGAAAACGCAGCCCUCUUAGCCCAAAUGAUUGACCUACCAUUUGCCACCUGUCCUAUUCCUCUGGUGAUAGAUCCCUCUCAAACAGCAUACACCUGGCUUCAGGAAUAUCUUCGAAGCAAGAACAAGUCUUUCGAAGCUACAACACAAAAUAAUGACCGUUUCUCGUACUCCGUCGAGUUAGCGUUGAGAUUUGGAAAGAUUCUUAUCGUCCAGGAUUGUCAAGACCUCCGGCCACCGCUACUGCAGCUGGUUAAGGGAAAUAUGUUCGUCAAAUUUGGGAAGAAACUUCUCGAAGUUGGUGGGAAGCUCGUUGAUUUGCAUGAGAAUUUCAAGCUCGUCAUGUUCUCGAAGACCGACAAGCUGAGCAUUGCAAUGGAGUCAAAAACCUAUUGCACGUGUAUUCCAUUCACCGUGACAAGAGUUGGACUAACCGACCAACUCAUAUCCAAGACAAUAAUCCUUAAGAAUCCCAAUUUGGAAAAGAAGCGUGUCGAUCUGCUCCGAAACGAGGGAAUUCUGUUAAAACAAAGAAACGACUUGGAAGACAAACUGCUGCAGGAAUUGUCCGAGGCACAGGGAGAUAUCCUCAAGAAUGAGAAACUUCUGAAGACAUUGAAUGAGGUCAAGGAAAGCAGUAGCCAUAUUGACAAAUCCCUGAAGGAGUCAGCUGUGGUGAAGGACACUGUCUUGGAAGAGUACAACCAAUUCCAGGUUCUCUGUUCGAAUGCUGCCAACUUCUACAUAGGCCUCAGCAAGCUCUAUGAGGUGUCUCCGGUAGUUUUUACAAAUCUGUAUUUAAAAAGCGUGGAACUUGUCGAGGACACCGAUGAAUCCAAGAUCUAUGCAUCUCUGGUGAGGACUACUUUCCAGUAUUUAGCCCGAUCGACGCCAAGAGAGUCACAUAUAACUCUAGCAAUCUUUGUCUGUAAAAAUGCCUAUCCCGAUCGAAUUACCCAACGAGAAUGGGAGUUGUUCGUGACGAAUUUUAUGAUCAGUAGUGAUGGUUCCACACGCUUCGCUCUGCCAUCUUGGAUGGACGCAGAUGCAGUGACGAAGCUUAACAUUCUCCUGACUCAGUGUCCGGAACUGGAGACUGCCCUUCAACUUGACAAUGAUCGUCUCUGGCGGCCAUUUGUGGAGGAGAAGAGCACCAAUCAAAUCCCGGUCGAUGUGAAACCCUUUCAGAAGGUACUGAUUUCUCAGAUUCUACGACCUGACCUCAUCAUUCAGACACUGUCUCUCACUGCAUCGCAUAUUCUGGGACUCUCUAUUGACUCUGUCAUGCAGCCAACUAUGGAACAGCUCACCGAGGAGAGUUCUGGAACAAAACCAAUCCUCGUCAUCACUCAGCCUGAGAACGAUCCGUCGACAGAGAUUCGAAACUUGGCCUUGAAGAAACUUGGAGUUGGUAAAUACACAGAGCUUUCAAUUGGUCGGGGAAUGGAGAAAUCAACUCUUGAAGCAAUUCGCAGAUCUGCGGAGACUGGAAAAUGGAUUUGUGUCAAGAAUGUACACCUGAUUCCCAAUUGGUUGGUCGAUCUCGACCGAGAACUAGAGACUUUGAAGUGUUCCGAUGAUUUCCGUUUGUGGAUUAUUUGUGAAUCAACGAAAGGUUUCUCCGAAGCAGUCAUGUAUAAAUUCGUCAAAGUGCUCUUUGAAUUCCCAAAUGGCCUAAAGAACAAAGUCCGUCGAUUAGUUCAGCAGUACUUGAUUGGAAUGGCUGCCAAUCAGACUAAGGAUGCCAAAAUAACCAAAUUGAGAGUUGUGUUGUUUAUUCUCAACUCUGUGCUACAGGAACGUCGUAAAUACAUUCCCCAAGGGUGGUCUAAAUGGUAUGAAUUCGGCGACUCAGAUCUUCGUUCGGCAAUGGAAAUUAUUCAGUGGCUUGAGAAGAGCAUCUCCAGCGGAAGGAUGAAUUGGAAAAUCUUGCAGAAGUUAUGUGAAAAUGUGGCUUACGGAGGUCGCAUUAGCAACAAUAGAGAUUUGUUGGUCUUGCAGAAUUAUCUGGAAGAAUUUUUCACCUCAGACUCAACAAGUAAUCGAUGGAGUCCGUUGAAUUUAAAAACUACCAUUCCUACAACGGUAAAUGUUCAGGAGUACGUAAAUGCGGUGAUGAAGUUCCCAGACUCAGACGAACCCGAUACAUUUAAGCUAUCGCCACAUUCAAAUGUUUCAAGGGAUAUCAUCUUUUCGAGGAAUAUCAUCAAGGCAUUGAGGACAGCGUAUUAUCAAAAUGACGAAAACAGUAGAAUGGAUAAGAGGAUUAGGCCAAUUUUGAUGGUUUGGAAGAAAUUGGCUGGGAAAUCUACUGUUCUGCAGACUUGGAAGGAAAUGAAAGAGGUGAAAGCUUCAACUCCUUGGGAGGCAUUUGUUAUAUCGGAAAUGAAAAAAGCGGGACAGUGCUUUCAAGAAGUUCACAACACCUUAUCGAAUGUCCACAUUAUACUUAGGGACUCAAAGAAUAUAUCGAAUCAUUUUGAUUCAAAUGUGUUGACAACUUUAGCUGAGAACUUGGUUCCUUUAUCAUGGAGACAAAUUUGGGCAGGACCUCGAUCAACAAUCGAUUACUUGAAAGGCUUAAUAUUCAAAUCAAGUGAAGCUGAACGAAGACUCAAAUCAGAAUUAAAUUUGGUAUUCGUUGAGAGCAUAAACUUAAGUGCGGUAUUUAGUUGUGAAACAUUUUUGGCCAGUUUGAAAUUGGCCAACUCCAAGAAGCUGCAGCAGUCGUCUAAGAGUCUCAUCCUCCAGACUAGUGGAUCAGUGUCGAGUGAUUGCAUAGCCGUUAAAAUAGCUUCAGUUAAGGUCGAUGGAGCACAGUUUCAUAAUGGAAAAUUAAUUGUUUCAUCAACUUUGGCACAAAAUGAAGAUAAAUCAGAUGAAUUUUAUAUGAGUUUCAAGAAAUGUGAUAAUUUUAGUGAGAAUUAUAAAGUGGGAAGUGGAAAAAAUCAAAUACCUCUGUAUUCGAAUGUAACAAGGGAGAAUUUAAUAUGUUAUGUUGACAUAGAAACACACGAAAGUGCUGACACAAUUUUAUUAUCAGGAGCAGCGUUGAUUGUUUCUGAUUUUUAAAAUUAUAAAUUGAAUAAAAUUUCUUUUUAUACAAAAAAUGUGUUUUUGUAUAUUAUAUAAAUAAAGUGAUUUAUUAUUUAUAUUUUAAAUAAAUACAAAAAGAAUCAGAAUUUCUUUUUAUAAAAUCUAAAACUA